GAAAAUAAAUGAGGACCUCACUACUAUAUCUAGGUGGAUGGACCUCAACAGGCUAAUUUUAAAUCUUGAAAAAACGAAAUACCUAUUUUUCCAUACCCGUAAUUAUAAGGUAUCAUCCACUAAUGUAGUGAAGUGCAACAACAUCUCCAUUGAAAGAUGCUCCGAAGCACUCUUCCUAGGCCUCUACCUCGAGUCUAAUCUAAGCUGGAGAUGCCAAAUCGACCACAUCAAAUCCAAGAUUCUCCCAGUAGUUGGUGUCCUCAGCAGGCUGCGACACACUGGCCUAAAUCCUACCAUCCUCAAGAACAUCUAUUUUGCCUUAAUCCACUCGAACAUCACAUAUCUAAUCUCAGUCUGGGGGCAAUGUACUAAAGAAAAAUUACAAGAACUUGAGGUGAUACAAAGAAGAGCCCUCAAGCUCAUCUUUAAUAUGCCAUAUCUCGAACACACUAAAACAGUCUACAAAAGCGCCAACAUACUGCCAGUCUCAGUACAAGUCAAAUUCUCCUCGGUCAUAUAUAUUCACAAAUUAAAUCUCAAUCUCAUAAACUCAGAUAUCCCCAUCAUCAAAAACUCUCAAAUUCACAACUACUCAACACGCUCAUCGAAUAAAAUUCACACAUCCACAGUACACACCACCAAACAUGGUCUUAAUGCUUCUUUCAAUGCUGCUAUUAAAUUGUAUAAUGAACUACCUUCUCUAUUCACCAAUAUGUCAUUUAAUCAAUUUAAAAAGAAUGUAAAAUCAUGGUACCUUCAAAAUUAUCUCAAUGGUACUGCUUAAAUAUUUAUUGUCCUUUUACAACCGCCUUGUACCUAUGUAUUAACAUGCAAAAUCUGUAUUGUCCCUUAAUGCGAGCUUUUAGCUCAUGGGACCAAUGAGCUGAGGCAAUAAAUAAAUAAACAA